AUGUCCGUACAACAACCACCCAUCGACGAGCUGCCCUCGACAGUUUCAGGCACUGAGACCAUCAUACCCAAGCCAAAGUUAGCUCCUAAGAGGGUCGCCGCUAAGGACAAAGUGGUUGUUCGCUUCCGUGCUGCGGGGAAUGCGCCUAUUAUGAAGCAGGCCAAGUUCAAGAUCACCGCCAACGAGUCUUUCCAGACAGUCAUCGAUUUCCUGAGGCGGCAGUUGAAGUUCAACCAACACGACUCCCUGUUUCUGUACAUCAACCAGGCGUUUCAGCCGUCCCCGGAUGAGCUGGUUAUCAACCUGUUCAAAGUGAGUGAGUGUGCUGUAUAG